AUGGCGGUGAUGGUGUGCAGCAGAUGGGCCAGAGAAAACCCAGGUCGAAGAACUCACGGGAAAGCCAAUGGCAGGAAGGGGCUUCUUCGGGGUAAGACAUUGCAGCCCAUCAAGCCAGUCUCCGCACUCCCUCCUCUCCGCAAGACCCACUGUCCGCCCCGCCCUCUCUGCUCCGGCGCUCAGCCAGUGACCGGAGUGGGCGGGGCAGUCUCGGCAGCCUCGCCUCCUCCGCUGCGAGGCACAGGGGCGUUGAUUAGCGCCCCGGGACUCCUCCAGGCUCACGGGGCAGCGGCCCCCCUUGGUGUCUCCAGCUCCAGGACGCGGUCGCCCCACCUCCGAGCGGAAAGAGGAGCGUCCAACUUCCUUCGCGCGUGGGUGGGGGGGCGCAGCGGGACCCCCGCCCCCUGCCUCCCCGCGGGACUCGCGGUGAACACCGCACUCUCCCGUGGCCGCCCGUCGCCAGAAACUUCUCGAGAAUGGAGCGGUCGCCGUAUCCGCCGAGAAGCCGCCGCCGCCGCCGCCAACGCCACCCCCGCGGGCCGCGCGGGGUGCCCGCCGGUCGCCGGACUGGGGAGGGGCGCGGGCGCGGGGGGCUGCGGCUCCCCGCGGACGCCCAAGUGCGCCCGCUGUCGCAACCACGGCGUGGUGUCGGCGCUCAAGGGCCACAAGCGCUUCUGCCGCUGGCGGGACUGCGCGUGCGCCAAGUGCACCCUGAUCGCCGAGCGCCAGCGCGUCAUGGCCGCCCAGGUGGCGCUGCGCAGGCAGCAGGCGCAGGAGGAGAGCGAGGCCCGCGGGCUGCAGGGGUACCUGGGUCCCGGCCUCCCCGGGGCUGCGGGCCGGGCCUCCGGAGGCGGCGGCAGCACCGAGAGUCCGCGGUCUCCGGCCGGCCCGGGGGCGGCGGCCGUGCUGGGACUGGACUCCCGGAGACAGGCCGGGGGUCUGGGGACCCCUGCUCUCGAGGUUUUCCAGCCAGACUAUCCGGAGGGGAAGCCAGAACAAAAAGAGAGUAAAUGUGAUUCGUGCCAGAGUGGACAAGAAGAACCAAUCGCCAAAUCCCAUCAGCUUUCCCUGGGAUCAUCUCCUAGGUCUAAUGGUGUCAUUGGGAAGCAAAGCAUCAGGUCAUCUAUUUCAGAAUACUCCAACAAACACGAUAGCAUCAGGUCUCCUCAUCCUGGAGAGCCAUCAGGCGGUGAAGAGAGUCCCAGGUCCUUAUCAUCCUCUGAUCUGGAAUCAGGAAAUGAAAGCGAAUGGGUCAAAGACUUCACUGCCACCGGAACUAGCCUUCCCACAAUGUCCUCAAGACCAAGAGAUCCUGUUGAUAUCCUUACCAAGAUUUUCCCAAGUUAUAGGCGCAGCCGGUUGGAAGGCAUUCUACAGUUCUGCAAAGGGGAUGUGGUUCAAGCCAUUGAACAGGUUUUAAAUGGGAAAGACCACAAGACAGACACCCGGAACCUAGUAAGCUCAGGAGAACUGGAAAACACAGCCUUUCAGAGAGCUUCAAGUUUUAGUCUAGCUGGAAUUGGUUUUGGAACUCUGGGUAGUAAGUCAGCUUUCUCGCCUCUUCAGACCACUUCUGCUUAUGGAGGUGAUUCAAGUCUCUACGGUUUAAAUCCUAGACUAGGUAUCAGCCCAUUACGGCUGGCCUAUUCUCCUCCAGGAAGAGGGCUGUCUGGCUUUAUGUCACCCUACCUGAUUCCUGGGUUGGUUCCUGCCCUGCCUUUUCGGCCAGCUUUGGAUUAUACCUUUUCAGGGAUGAUUAGGGACUCUUCCUACUUUCCCAGUAAAGACUCCAUAACUGGUGGUAGACUGUAUUGCAGACCAAAUCAGGACAAUCUGUAA